CAAUGAAUUGUUAGACCUUAUCGAGACUAUCCAAUUAGCAAAGCGCGCGUGCCAGUUUAGACAAGUCCUACAGUUUAGACAAGUCCUCCUGGCCAAGAAGAAUAUAUAUAUUAUUGGAGGAUCACAUCGCGAUACGCCGCGCACUUGGAACUCUGCGGACUGCACAUUCGAAACAGUGGCCAAGUUCGACAUAUUCCGUCGUGAAUGGACUGAGACGGCACCCAUGGAGGUGGGCCGCAUUCUGCCGGGCGUAUCCGCACUAAAUGGCAAGAUCUAUGUGGUAGGCGGCGAACGUGGUUCACAAAUCCUGGCCAACGGCGAGGUAUACGAUCCACAAAACGAUAUUUGGCAGCCUAUAGCACCGAUGAUUGUGCCCCGUUGUGAGUUCGGAUUGUGCACCAUGGGUGGCAAUCUGUUUGCAGUGGGCGGCUGGAUAGGCGACGACAUUGGCGGAACCAUGGAGUGCUAUGAUCCAGAGAAGGAUCUCUGGAAACUGAUCGGUAGCAUGCCUCAGCCACGCUUCAGCAUGGGUGUCGUCAGUUUCGAAGGGCUGAUCUACAUAGUGGGCGGCUGCACUACGACCACAAGACAUUUACCGGAUUUAAUAAGCUACAAUCCCGUUACCAAGGAAUGGACGCAAUUGGCACGCAUGCAAACAGCACGUUGCCAAAUGGGCGUCGCUGUGCUCGAUCGCUAUUUGUAUGUGGUUGGCGGCAGUAGCAUCAGCCAGGAUAUACUUAGCUCAGUGGAGCGCUAUAACUUUGACGACGACAAAUGGUCGACGGUGUGCGCACUGAACGUUCCACGCGCCAUUCCCGCUGUGGCCGCCGCCGAUGGCCUGCUUUAUGUGGCUGGCGGGGAUCAGCCCUGCGAGGUGAACUUCUAUCGCGCUCAGGUAACCAUAAGCGCCGUUGAAUGCUAUGAUCCACUUUCGGACACCUGGAAGAAUUGUCCUGACUUGCCGGUUAGCCGCUCCGAAGCAGGCGCUGUGGUUGUGUAAAAGUCCAACAACACUCUCACAUCUUACGAUCUUGUUUUAAGCACAUCUAAAAUGCCCGACAUAAACUCUCACACACAUUUGCUUGUGUGGUACAACACGCUAGUUACAACCAUUACAACUAUUUUCCAUUUAAAAGUUGAACGUAGCGCUCUUUAACCAAGGCUCGACGCUCUGUGCGAUUAAUGUUUUCGAAAUGUAGCUCAGCUAUUCCUACCCAGUUUAGUAUUAUCUAGAACUUAGUCUGGAAUGUAACAGUAACAAUAGCCAGCAUCUGUUUGCUCCGUAGUAAAAGUUGUCCUUUAUAAAAGCGAAAACCAAAAUUGACAUGGAAAAAGUAUAUCGAUCUAUCGUAAUUGCUGAAAAUUGUUCAUCUUAGACUUAUUGAUGUUUAUGUUAAUCGAUCAAUCAUUCAAAUACAUCAAGUCAGAGAUUGCCAGCAUUGUAGGUGCGUUCUUAAAAAGCGCGUGCCCGAAUACGAAUAACUGUAUGAUUAAAAUGUACCAAAAACUAAAAGCAAACAUUCAAAAAGAAACAAACUGUAUUAAUAAUAGGUGUAUUUACGAAAAAUAAACGUACGACUAAAAUCACAA